AUGGACGAUGCUUUUGCACGAGCUGCGUUGUACGCGGCCUGUGAAAAGUCUCCUAUAUUAAAACAAAUAAAAAUAGAAGAUCUACAAGUUUCGGAACUACGGGAAUUGGUCAACAUCAACAGUUCGUUUCAGACGCGAUAUCUGCCUAUACUAGUUUCUAAGUUUAUUAUAAAAACCGCUUUGCAAUUAGGCGUAAACACGUUUAAAAACGAUUAUCCCGUACUCUGUGAGUACAUCAAACCCGAGAAUAUAAAAAUCACCGUAGAAAGUGAUGAAAUAGCGUGUUUGGAAUCGUCUCCGUCUUCUAGCGUCUUUAAAAAACACAAUAUAAUAUUCACGGUGACCAAAAAUAUAAUCACCGGUGCAUUGGGUCUUUCGUUGGAUAGUUUGGAAAAAAUAUUAAACGACGUCGGUACGCAUGUUACAGAUUCUGAAAAACAACCGGACAACGUCCGAGAAAAAAUCGAAAUAAUAAAUAAAAAACAACAUCAUAUACCCAUAGUAGCGUCGAUAAGUUCACCUAAACAUUUCUCGAAUUCGUUUUCCAAUACGUUCAACGAUAAAUCUAAUACAUUGAACAAUCCGAGUGUCGUGAAAUCAUUACCAUCGGUAUCGGUGGUACAACAGAAAACAAAUUCGACGACUAAACGAAAAUCAGAUUCCAUCUCGAUUGGUAGUGAUGAUGAUGAUGAUGACGACGUCGUCGUCAAACGAUUAAAAGAAACGACGACGGAUCGGAUUCACGAAUACGUAGAAAAUACGUUAAGUUAUACAAACAAAGAAUACGAUUUAGAAAAUCCUAAAAACGAUGAUGAUGGCGUACCCGACAACGACGACGGGUCUGUGGUAAGCAUAAGUCCGUCGCAUUCAGCGUCACAAUGUCAUAAUACCGAAUCCAUCAUAGAUUACACCAAUCUAUUGGACAAGACUAUUGAUAAUAAUGUGAAUGCGACCGACGCGAGAGAAAACGAUGAGGAUUUUUUUCUAGACGAUACCGACGACGUUGAUCAUCAUCUGAACGUUACCGAUAAUAAUGAUAAUAAUAACACAGUGACUGCUAUUAAACCUAUUGAUUAUGACUAUGAUGAUAACGACGACGAGUACGACGUAGUCAGUAAGAGUUCCAUAGAACUUGUGCCGAGUCGUUUAAAAAAAAAUACAAAUGUCGAUAAAUUUAUAAACUCGACAGAAGCUUUUCUGUCGAGAGUGAGUAAUAACGAUGCCGAGCUAUCAUUCGAUUUCGAUUAA